UAAGAUAUUUUAUUUCAUAAUCAUGAAAUCUAAGAUAAAGUAAUACCACCAGUGUCGUACUUUAAGACUCAUGUGAACUUUGAAAUAAGUAUCGAGACAGACGAACUCUUGUUUGUGUUAGUGACAUUUCUUCAAGUUGUUAAAAUUUAUCCUUUGUACAGUAGUUUGAUAAAGAUCCAAGAUGGUGUUAGCCGACUUAGGCCGGAAGAUCACUUCGGCCUUGAAAUCUCUCAACAAUGCUACAAUUAUUAAUGAAGAUGUAUUGAACGAUCUUCUCAAGGAAAUUUGUGCAGCAUUACUGGAGUCAGAUGUAAAUAUUAUGCUUGUAAAGACUCUCAGGGAAAAUGUCAAGAAAGCAAUUGAUUUCAAUGAGAUGGCUGGUGGGUUGAACAAGAGAAGGAUGAUUCAGAUGACUGUCUUUAAGGAACUUGUGAAGUUAGUUGAUCCAGGUGUGAAGUCAUAUCAGCCAGUUAAAGGACGACCCAAUGUCAUCAUGUUUGUUGGUCUGCAGGGUUCAGGUAAAACCACAACAUGCACAAAGCUAGCCUAUUACUACAUGAGGAAAGGUUGGAAAACAUGUAUGGUGUGUGCAGAUACUUUCCGAGCUGGUGCCUAUGAUCAGGUGAAACAGAAUUGUACUAAAGCACGUAUUCCUUUUUAUGGCAGUUACACUGAGGUUGACCCUGUUGUGAUAGCAGUUGAUGGUGUGGAGAAAUUCAAGGAAGAAGGUUUUGAAGUUAUCAUUAUUGAUACUUCAGGAAGACACAAACAAGAGGAUUCUUUGUUUGAGGAAAUGUUGCAAAUCUCCAAUGCUUGUAGACCACACAAUAUUAUCUUCGUCAUGGAUGCUAGUAUUGGUCAGGCUUGUGAGUCCCAAGCAAAAGCAUUCAAGGAAAAAGUAGAUGUAGGGUCUGUAAUUAUCACAAAGUUGGAUGGCCAUGCAAAAGGUGGUGGAGCACUUUCAGCAGUAGCGGCAACGAGGUCUCCUAUUAUUUUUAUUGGUACUGGUGAACACAUUGACAAUUUUGAAGAAUUCAAAACUAAACCUUUCAUAUCAAAAUUGUUGGGCAUGGGCGAUAUAGAAGGUCUCAUUGAAAAGGUAAACGACUUGAAACUUGAAGACAAUGAAGCUCUUAUCAAGAAAUUGCAGCAUGGCCAUUUCACGCUGCGAGACAUGUACGAACAGUUUCAGAAUGUAAGAAAAAUGGGUCCCAUGUCACAAAUUAUGGGUAUGCUUCCUGGUUUCAGCACAGACUUCCUUACAAAAGGUGGUGAGCAAGAAAGCAUGGCACGACUUAAGAGGCUCAUGACAAUUAUGGACAGCAUGACGGAUAAGGAGCUAGAUAGUUUGGAUGGAAACAAGUUAUUCCAGAAGGAGCCAGGAAGAAUAUCACGCAUAGCCAGAGGUGCUGGCGUCAUGGAGGUUGAAGUUAAGGAUCUACUGAACCAGUAUGCUAAAUUUGCCGGGAUGGUUAAGAAAAUGGGAGGCAUGAAAGGACUAUUUAAAGGAGGAGACAUGUCCAAGAAUGUUAACCAGAUGCAGAUGAAUCAACUUAACCAGCAGAUGGCAAAGAUGAUGGAUCCUAGGGUAUUGCAACAAAUGGGUGGCUUCAAAGGAUUAGAGAGUAUGAUGAAGCAGCUACAGCAAGGUGGUGGUCCUAUGGGAAUGGGGAAAAAUGCUUUCAAAUAGCAUUAAGAGGGUUUACUGUCUUCUUUCAGGUCUGUUGUUAGGUAGAUUUAAUAUUUUAUACAAUUUUUUGAAACUGUUGGGAAUGUACUAUGUCUUCAUGAAUUGUUGUGAUAAGACAAGGUUUUCACUCCUGAGUACAUAGUGGGUUUUAUCAUUUUCUCCACUCAUACACUUAUUCCUACAUAUGCCGCAGAAGGGCAAAUUUUUAAAGUGCCAAUAUAUGUAGUGCUCUUUUGAACAUACGUAGUUUGUUCUGUUUUUUUCUUUUUUUUUUGUCAAGUUUAUAAAAAUAAGUCUUGAAUCCUGCUUUUACUUUAAUGUAAUCCUUUUUAGUUGUCUUUAUAUUAAAUUAUGGUGUCAACUUGAGAAAACAAACAGCAUUAAUUUUUUAUAACUGAGCUCACUUUGCAGUUAAGCAAAAUAUUAAAGCUGAUGUAGGUACUGUAGCAAAACCAGUAAGGUAGCAAUAAAAAAAAGAUACAGGUACAUAAUCCUUUACCCAAAAUCGUUGGGGGCAGAUGCGUUUCGUCUUCUGGAAUUUUUCGGAUUUCAGAACUGUGGGAUUAGGAGCAUAAUCAAUUAUCACUACUGCACCAAAAGCGUUUUUUUUUUUCCUCUCUCUCUCUCUCUCUCUCUCUCUCCCCUUUUUUCAUGUUUUUUUUCCAUUAUAGCUAUUCAUUAUACUUUGUUCAUAUAAAUAUACUGUUAAAUGAAUGUGAGAUAAUUAACAUCGUUAAUAAUAAAAUAUUGGGACCAUGAAGACAUCGUUAAUAAUAAAAUAUUGGGACCAUGAAGACCAUAUGUUCACUAACACAUUGCAUAUUUUCAGUAAAAACAUUCAGUAAAACGCAAAUACAGUGCUCCCCCCAUAUUCGGGGGGGAUGGGUACCAGACCCCCCCGUUGAAUAGCUAGAACCCACGAACAGUUGGAACCCCUUUAAUAAAAAUGCUUGAAACUGCCUAUUUUGUUAGUUAAAACUCAAGAAAAAUCAACUUUAAAUUUUUAUACUUGGUUUUUUAAUACUUUUAUCACAAAAAGUUCAUUUUAUGAUGAAAUUGAUAAAAAAAACAGGAAUUUGUGGAUAUUUCUCAUAGAAAAAUACCAUGAAUAGGCAAAUUGCUUCUCAAUAAUGGGUAGAUAUGGUCCAGAGAGAAAUCCGCGAAUGCGUGAGUCCGCGAAUCUGGAGAACGCGAAUACAGGGCCCCACUGUAAUACAUAUUUGAUUGUUACCAUGAUUGUGGUUAUUUGAUUGUUGAUGGCAAAAAGUACUCAACAGUUUGCUUUGUGUAAUUAUUUCUUCUUGUAAACAAGAAUUUUACAAUUCUAAUUUUAUUAUAGAGGGUUGUUUUUUAUUUUCACAAGUUUUCAUGAGUUUGCGGUCGUACAUUUGAUCACUACAACACACUGUGUGGGAUUUUUCAUACUGCUAUAUUAAAGUUAAAAUUAUUUUUAAAUUCUAGUUCUCAAGAAGUAAUUAUAUAAAGAAAAUUAUUGAGUAAUUUUUUCCAUCAGCAGGCAAAUAAUCAUGAUCAUUGUAACAUUCAAAUUUAGUGCCGUCACAACAUGUCUAUUAAUAGAACAGAAGUAGAGGGUAGUCGUUGGAUAAUGGAGCUCUAUGGCAACCAGCCAGCUAGUCAGGUUUUAGCUGUCUACUGUCUGAAAAAGAACAUUUUGCUCAUAUGAAGUUAACGAUGUCAUAUCUACUGUGUUUUCAAUACAUUAUGUACAUAGCUUUUUAAUGGUGUAUUUUCUGCAACAGAAUUUUUUUUUUUUUUUUUUUUUUUG